GAUAUGACAAGUAAAGGAUCAUACACAUUCAAAAAGAAGCCUACGGAAGGCCCAGUGACCCUUGACCUCCAAGGUCGUAAGCUUUCUUCGAUUCCAGACAAAGUCCUCAAGCAGAAAAACAUCCAAUGCCUUAUCCUUAGAGACAACAAGAUCAAGAAAAUUUCCAAGAAGAUCUCAAAGUUCGAAUACCUGCAAACUCUUGAUGUUAGCAACAACCCUGACCUUAGGUUUAUUCCAAAACAAAUCGGCGAUCUCCCCAAACUGUACAACCUGCACCUGGAGAACUGUGGACUGGAAAGUUUACCAGACGACCUGUACAACCUGCAAACCUUGGGCAGUCUGAACCUGAAGGGGAACAAGCUGUCGGCACUGAGUAGUGAGAUCAGUAAGCUGCAGUCUCUUAGGCAGCUGUUCAUCGACAACAACCAGUUCAUGGAUUUACCUGAGGAGAUCUGUACAUUGGCGAACCUGGAGGUGCUAGGCUGUGGUCAGAAUCUGCUCACACGUCUUCCAGACAAGCUCACCAUCCUAAACCUGAAGUCUCUCACCAUCUCCUGCUGCAGGUUUGAAGAGUUUCCAAGGCAAGUCCUCUCGCUGGGAAGCCUGGAGAGGCUGUACAUAGGGGGCUGGGCAGGGUCAAACACGUAUUCCCCUAUCCCGGAGGGCAUUGCUCAUCUACAGAACCUACGACUCCUAGCAGUAGACCACAGUGAACUGGCAUCCCUACCCCAGGGCAUCGUGUACCUACAGAUGCUACAGGAGCUGGAUCUGUCCAUGAAUCUAUUCACAGCCGUCCCACCUGAAGUCUUGUCCCUCCCGAAUCUAGUUUCCCUCUUCAUGGUGGGAAACCAGAUCACGCGGCUCCCCGUCGAACUGGGCCGCCUACCGGGUUUGGAAGAUGUUGUAGUAUUCGAUAACCCCCUGGAAUACCCUCCAGAAGAUAUCUGCAAAGAGGGGAGUGACGCGAUCAUCAAGUUCUUACGAUCAGAAGACGCAGAAACAGUGCCCCUAGCAGGAGAGAUGGGAGCAUCUGCAGCCCAGGACCAUUAUCCCACUCCAACGACGGAACUUUGAGUGACGAUUCAAGAGAGUGAUUACUUUGAUAUAUCCAACGAGAGGGAAUUAUUGAUAUCAGAUAUACCUUAGUCAUUAGCAAGAUAUGGGGUGCAAACUAGCUAGGGAUGUAUGUUAUGUAGAGAGCUAGGUUUAUUAGUUUUCAAACGGGUGACAUUUGUUUAAAAUAUUUUGUUGUAAAUGACAAGGACAACAUGACAUGUUUGAGAUAUAGUUUACAUGUAAAGAUUGUAAGUUAACAAGCACACUUUUUUGGUAGUGUCCACUUUUAACCCCUUUGUACUAUUAACUUUGAAUUCAUAACUUGUAUUAUGGAAUAAGAUUAUUGAAAUCUGCCUUUAUGUUAGUGUAUAUAUAACUGAUAUCUUUGUCUGAAUGAAUAUGGCACUUUUGACCUGACUUACUUUUGACCUGACUUACAAGAAAUAGAUGAAAAAAAUGAAAAUACAAUGCAAUGCUUAGUAGUGACGCAGACGUGUAUAUGCUAUACAUAGAUUUAGUGUGAUAUACGAUACACUAUUUAUUGUAAUGUUGCAAAUUUAAAAUUAUAUAGGUUGAUUCAUAGUGAGCCACAUAUAGUCACUUCUGUUGGCUGGUUUGUCAAAUGUUGUCAUUAGAAGGAGUGAGGUUUAUUUGUUUUCAUAUUUGCGCCAUACGUUAUCUAGCAUCCAAUGAGUAAGAAUAGAAAGUCACUAUAAGAAUAUUUUUCAGCUAUCUCUAUAAU